CGACUAACUCCGAGCGGAACAAUCAUUAGAGUCUUUUUUUUUUAAACUGAAAAAAAUCACUUGUGAGUAAUUGUGCGUGACAGAUGCUGAUUUUCAGGAUAUUACACAGCAGAUGGGCGGAGAGCCGAAGACAUUUCCCACUGACUUCCAGCACACGAUGACAGAAUCCGUCCGACAGAGCAACAUGUUACACAGGGGAUAUUUAGUAUGGAUUUUCUUGUCUUCAUGGGGAAUAAUUGCAGCCAAUGUGAGGACUCUCCCUCAUGUAAUAAAGUACCAAACAGCGAUACCUCAGAGGCUGAAGGAUUUGUCUCUUAACAAGGACACUGGUGCACACAAGAAAUAUCCUGAUGUACUCCAAUAUUCUGUGAGUAUUGCAGGGAAAAACUACACUCUACAUCUGGAAAAGAACAAGGAUCUUGUUGGGAAAAACUUUACUGUGACAUUCUACUCUGAUCAAGGCACUGAAGUGUCAACUACAGACUCUGAGGUUCAAUGCUACUACCAUGGACAUGUUGUUGGAGUGGAGGAGUCUUCUGUCAGUGUUGGAUUGUGCUCAGGAAUAAAGGGGUUUGUAACCAUUUAUGACCAGGUGUACCUCAUUGAACCACUGGCCACUGGGCAACCAGGACAGCAGGAUGGCAGACAAAGUGUUGAAGCUCCCAGUGAUGAGGGUCUUCAUGCCGUUUACCACUACCGACACCUGAGGAAGAAGAGGAGCUCCUGCUCUCAUGGAAACACCACCAAUUUCUAUGAUCAUGGAGCUCGUUUUUCUGGACUAUUCCGUCUUGGCAGUCUGAAAAGCAGUGCCCAGAUCAAAGACUACCCAAGAAGAGCCAGGACAGUGGAGCUGGUUGUGGUCGUGGACAACAAAGAGUACAAUAAAUUUGGCCGUGUGGCGACCAUAAAAUCCAGAGUGCUUGAAACAGCAAACCACGUGGAUAAGCUGUAUCGCCCUGUGGGUAUCCGUGUAAUGCUGGUACAUCUAGUUAUCUGGUCAGACAAAGAUCAGAUAGUGGUCAGCACCAACCCUGAGGUCACCCUUGGUCGCUUCCUUGAAUGGCGUCGACAGUACCCGCUGUCAAGGAUCAAACAUGACAAUGCACAGUUCAUCACAGGUGUGAAUUUUGACGGCGAAACUGUCGGCUUAGCGAACAUCAAUUCCAUGUGCACUUCUAACUCUGGAGCUGUCAAUGAGGACCAUAACAUCAACCCAAUAGGAGUGGCCUCUACUAUUGCACAUGAGAUGGGUCACAACUUGGGCUUGUCUCAUGAUACUCAAAACUGUGACUGUGGCUCUGGCACAUCACAAAGUGGCUGCAUCAUGGCUGACAGGGUUGGCUUUGUUUAUCCCAAGGAGUUCAGCAGCUGCAGUCGGCAGCAGCUCAGCAGAUUUUUGGAGGAGGUCAAUCCUUCCUGUCUGCUGGAUACUCCCUCCACCAAUCGUAUCUAUGGGGGGCCAGUUUGUGGAAAUGCUUUCUUGGAGCCUGGAGAGGAGUGUGACUGUGGCACUGUGGAGGAAUGCAAAAACCCCUGCUGCAAUGCCACCACCUGCAAGCUGAAUGCAGGAGCUGAGUGUGCAGAAGGAGAAUGCUGCUACAACUGCAAAUUGAAACCGACAGGCAGGAUCUGCCGACAAAAGGCAGGAGAUUGUGACCUGGCAGAAUAUUGCACCGGCCUUUCUGCAACCUGUCCGACUGACUCUUUCGCCCAAAACGGCUUGCCGUGCAACCGUGGAAGAGGAUACUGCUACAGUGGGCAAUGUCCAUCACGACAAGAACACUGCCAGAAACUUUGGGGACCAGAUGCUGAAGUAGCUGCAGAUGCUUGUUUCUUUCUACAUGGUAACUGCAGGCGGACAAGGUCCAGCCAGAGAUGUCUAGAGCAGUCUUGUGGAAAGCUUUUCUGUACCGGUGGAUGGGAGUUUCCAGUGACAGCCAGGAAGUCCUUUUACAAUGUAGGAAAUGGAGUAACAUGCAAUGAGGCAACCAUGAACCCUGAUGACAACUACCCAUCAGAUUUGGGAAUGGUUCCUACUGGCACCAAGUGUGGCAACAGUAUGGUGUGCUACAAUCAACGAUGUGAGGACAUCAAAAACAUUAAAGUGUAUGGAACCAAUGACUGCUCAUCCAAAUGCAGCAAUCGUGGGGUGUGCAACCAUGAGGGCAAGUGCCACUGCGAUCCUGGAUGGGCUCCACCUUUCUGUGAUGUGCUGCAAUCAGAGCUGACUGAAGAGCAAGGCCUGGUUGUGCUGAUCGUGUCGCUGGUGGUCGGUGCACUUCUGCUGCUGGUCCUGAUUAUUGGGUGUCUAAUGUGCAAAAGAAGACAACCUAAGAAGAGAGGCCGAACCCCCUCAGGACAAUCAAACCCAUUGUUUCAGCCCAGCAGUGCACAGAGCAGCCCUCGUCUCGGGUCUGCACACAUUAGCCAGCCUACAUUUCUGGAGUCGUCAGCCACUCAAGCCUGUAGACCCCUGUUUCCUGCUGCUAUCAAACCAGGGACUGGUGAGCUGAAACCAUGCAGAGCAGCCCCAGGGCCACCCAAGAAAACUCCAGCAGUUCCUCAGUCAGCAAAGGUUUACCGGCCACCAGCCUUUUCCAAGACGCCAGUUUAUACUGAGUCAAAACCAUCACCUCCAUCUAGACCUCUUCCACCCCUCGCAACAAAACCAAUCACGAAGCCAAAGCCUCCUGUGCCUCCAGUGAAGACAAAGCCUUCUGCAGUCCUGCCUUCCCUGCCACGCACUCAGUUGCCUGGAGGGAGAACUGCCUUGAUGCCCCCCAGCAAGCCAAGAUAACAGAGUAGUUCACCCUGGUAGAUCAUAAUGUUUUUGUCUCAUCUUGAAGGAUGAUGAAGACGUGCACAGCAGCUACUCAUCUGUUCCAAAAUGAAAGUAUGAUCCACUGAAGGAUCAGGAACAUGAAACGAUAGAGCUUUUCUAUCAAUUAGAGUUCCUCUGUGGACUACCUGUGUCUGUGUCCUGCUAAUGCCUUCAGCAUGGUGAUGCAAACCUGAAGCCAUCUUUGACUGAGUCAAUUUGAGUUCUUUAUGAUUAUCAAUUGAUUCUUCUACCGUGAUUUUCUAUUUUAUCUUCAAGGGAAAUGUAUUUCACUGUGUUGAUUCAGGGAUUUUUAUGAUGCAGCUGCACUACCAAUGUUUCUGUUUACAUGUCCACCAGUGUCCUAGUUCUAACUGGAUAUUUUUAAGUAUCCUGGUUGUAUGCUGCACAGAAACUAGGACAAGAGCAUAUCCUGACUUUUUUUGUCCUGAUUGUUACUUAGAGUAUUCAAACAACCUGAA